AAAACAAUGGGCAGGCGGUCUUACUGCCAGCCCCCCUAAUAUCUGUCUCGCGUCCGUCUACUGUCUAAAACCGGCUGCUGCUCUUCCCCCUGUAUAGACUGCACGCUCCUUCCUUCCGCCCGUCCCGAUCCAUCUGCAUCACUCCUGGUAUUGCACCCCCGGUAAAACUCCUCUCUCUCUCUUUUUAUCAAUCUUUCUCUCUAUAAUGAUGCUUUAUAACACUGCCCAAAACUAGUUUCUGUUAUUAAAGCACUUACUUUCCUUCUAACACAUUCUUGAGUAUUCCUCCAAGUUUCACUUUACAAAUUUGGUACUCUCUCUCUCUCUCUCUCUCUCUCUCUCUCUCUCUUUUUGAACUUCUAACAUUUCAUUAUCAAUCUUAUUAUUGUUAGCUUAACAUUUAGAUUUGGGAUAAAUGUAUUUGUAUUAGAUCAUGCGAUUUUUGCUAAAUUUGGAUAUUCAAGAUUUCAUUUUUUUUUUUGAAGUAGUUUAGAAAUAUAUGUAUAACUUUAUUUAAGAAAAAAAGUAAGCUGUAUGGAAUCUGAUGGUAUGGCUGCCGGUGGAGGAAUGUAUUCAAAUAUGGGUUCAGGAAUGCUAGGGCUGGAAAUAUCACUGCACCACCAAUUACCCCAGGGGCAAACCACACAGAACCCACACCACAUGCAGCCACAACCACCACAACAGCAGCUUCAACCACCACCACCGCCAUCACACCACCCAAUGGUUGUCUUUGGCCAUCACGAGGCCGACCAGCCCCACCACCCCCAACACGCUCAGCUUUCUUCAAAACAAGCCUACCCUUUUUCUGCUAAGGCCAAGAACCAAGCUUUAGCACCCAGUGAUGAUGAUGAGCCUGGGCUUGGCACUGAAAACAGUGCUGAUAUUGAUGGGAUGAGAAAAAUACCUCCUUGGCAGAGAAUGAAGUGGACUGAUAAUAUGGUGAGGUUGUUGAUAAUGGUGGUAUUUUACAUCGGUGAUGAGGUUGGCUCUGAAGGAAAUGAUCCUGCUGGGAAAAAGAAGGGGGCCGGCGGUGUUCUGCAGAAGAAGGGAAAGUGGAAAUCAGUGUCAAGGGCGAUGAUGGAGAGAGGGUUCUUUGUGUCUCCACAGCAGUGUGAGGAUAAGUUCAAUGAUUUGAAUAAGAGGUACAAGAGGGUAAAUGAUAUUCUUGGAAAGGGGACUGCUUGCAGAGUUGUGGAGAAUCAGAGUUUGCUUGAUACGAUGGACCAUUUGUCGGCCAAAAUGAAGGAAGAAGUGAAGAAAUUGUUGAGCUCUAAGCACUUGUUCUUCAGAGAAAUGUGUGCUUAUCAUAAUAGUUGUGGUCACGGUGGUACUGGCGGUGCUAGCAGCAGUGGAGCUGCUCAGCAGUCGACUGAGGUCGGAGGAGUAGAGCCAUCAUCACAGAUGCAGCAGCAGCAAAGGUGUUUGCAUACAUCAGAAAAUGCCUCGACUCCACCUAAUCUAGCCAGGUGUGAGGUGGAGGGAUCGAAAACCACUAAAGGGCGGAGUUUUGAAGAAGAUAAUGAUGAGGAUGACGACGAUGACGACGACGAUGAGGAGUAUGAGGAUGAUGUAGUUGAAGGUGGAGGAAGCGGUUGUGAGCACGGCCAUCCCGAAGAAGAUGAUGACACCCCUGAUGAAAGAUGCGCGAGGAAGAGGCGGCGAAAAGGCAUUUUUCUUUCCCCCUUGGUUCAGCAAAUGAGCACUGAAUUAGUGAAAGUGCUGCAAGAUGAAAGCAAGAAUUCGGCAGAGAAAAGGCAGUGGAUAAAAAAUCGGCUGUUGCAAUUGGAGGAGAGGCAUGUGGGAUUCCAAAGCGAAGCCUUUGAGCUUGAGAAGCAGAGAUUAAAAUGGGUGAAAUUCAGUAGCAAGAAGGAAAGGGAAAUGGAAAGGGACAAGCUUAGCAAUGACAGAUUAAGGUUAGAGAAUGAAAGAAUGAUGCUUCUAAUCCGACAGAAGGAGCUUGAGUUGCUUGAUGUUUACCAGCAGCAGCAGCAUCAAUCGUCAAGGAAGAGCGACCCUUCAUCCAUUACAGGAUGAAUUGUACAGUAGGUUAGACGAAAGUGGGUCAGAGUAGGUGGAAACCACCAAUGGUGGUUGUAGACAUAUUCCAAAAUUUCUUUUUAAAGAUUUUGAAAGUCAUAUAGUCUUCUUGUAGUAAUAGGAACUGAGAAGUAGUUAAACCUUUGGAAGAAUUCUCCAAAAAUAAUCCAUCAGUUGCACGCUCAGUAGGUGGAAACCACCAAUGGUUGUUGGAGACAUAUUCCAAAAUUUCUUUUUAAAGUCAAGUUGUAGUCUUCGUGUGGUAAUAGGAACUGGGUAGUAGUUAACAUUUGCAA